UCCGAGUGGGAUUAAACACCGGACAAGGGAAUCCGAUAUCGCCUGGGGCAAGGGCAACAGCAGCAUUUUGCCGCUGGGUGAGGGACAGGGUCUGUGUCCAGAAGCGGGAGCAUCUCUCCAGAGGCAGCGCUCCGGGGCGGGCAGCGGGAGCCGGAGGCGCUGCCCCCGAGGACUUGGCGACAGGUCCUGGGCAGCGGCGGCGCCACCGCCUUCUCCAAUAUUUCAGUCGGUCGCUCAGGGCUCGGGCUCGGACUCGGACGCGCCAUUUUAGACCUUCGGCGUCGAGACUCAGGUGAAAACUGGCGGCAAUUAGCAGCGGGGACCUGGCGGUAUGGAGAAAUACGACAGAAUUGCCAAGAUCGGCGAGGGCUCUUACGGUGUGGUGUUCAAGUGCAGGAAUAAAGAGACCGGGCAAAUAGUGGCGAUUAAAAAGUUUGUGGAGUCGGAGGAUGAUCCGGUUAUUAAGAAGAUCGCGCUCCGGGAGAUCCGGAUGCUGAAGCAACUCAAACAUGCCAAUCUUGUCAACUUGAUUGAGGUAUUCAGAAGGAAACGAAGGCUUCAUUUAGUGUUUGAAUACUGUGACCACACUGUGUUAGAUGAAUUGGAUCGAUACCCCACAGGGGUACCAGAUCACUUGGUGAGGAGAAUUACUUGGCAAACACUACAGGCUGUGAACUUUUGCCAUAAGCACAAUUGUAUACAUAGGGAUGUAAAACCGGAAAAUAUCUUAAUUACAAAGCAUCACGUCAUUAAGCUUUGUGAUUUUGGUUUUGCCAGGAUAUUAACUGGUCCAGGAGAUUACUAUACAGACUAUGUAGCAACUCGAUGGUAUCGUGCUCCAGAGCUGUUGGUUGGAGACACACAGUAUGGCCCUCCAGUGGACGUUUGGGCAAUAGGCUGCCUUUUUGCAGAAUUGUUAUUUGGGGCCCCCUUGUGGCCAGGAAAAUCAGAUGUCGAUCAGCUCUAUCUGAUUAGAAAAACACUAGGUGAUUUGAUUCCUCGCCAUCAACAAGUCUUCAGAUCAAACCAGUUCUUUAGUGGAGUGAGCAUACCAGUGCCAGAUAAUGUGGAACCUUUGGAAAUGAAGUUUGCAAAUAUUUCCCAACAUGCUCUUGGAUUUAUUAAGGGUUGUUUACAUAUGGAUCCUGCUGCUCGUCUAAAUUGUGAACAGUUGCUGGAUCAUCCAUACUUUGAUAGCCUUAGAAAAGAACUGGAAAUGGGCAAGCAAAAAGCUCUGAAAAGACGUGUAAGAGCACCAUGCAGAAAUGUACCAGCAGUAAGUGGCUACAUGUUGCAAUACUUACCACAGCUUACCAGUAGCAAUAUACCUCCAUCCAUGGAAAGCAAGAAGUAUUUCAAGCAGAAAUAUAAUUACCAUCUACCUAACAUUUAACUAAAUGGCAAUAACACCAUCAAAUCACAGACAGCACCAUCAUCAGAAGGCAUCUACCUGAAAAACCAAGUGUCCAAAGAAAAUAUUAAAGUAAGAGUUUUUAAACUUUGAAAAAGUGAAAACUUGCACCAUAACUUUACCCAGCCUGAGAUUAUAUGCACUUUUUUUAGUUCAGUACUUUGUUUAUUCUUGUGUGUUUGAAUUUUAAAAGCGUGUACUUAUGGAAAUGAGUAUAAACCAGGAAAUACCUGGUCAGAGGAUUUGUUUUAGAUGUGUACCAUGUUUGUAUAAAGAAAUAGCACUGUAUUCUAUGCACUAUGACCUGCAUGAAAAUGUUUUAAAUUGUAAUCCCAUUUGGACAGAACCCAAGUCAUGUUAGCAUUUGGUGUCCUAACAUACACAAGAAGUGCAAUGGUUCAUUACAUUUAUACCUAGCAAAAGUUGACUGUUCAGUCAAGUAUACUGCCGACACUACUCUUCCACAGCUAUAGGAACACCAGGCUAAAGACUCUGUUUCAUCUUUGUCUAAUAAUCUGUUAUAUACAUUACUUAGACUGAAAGCAGCAUACAAAGGAGUUAAAAAAUUGGAUUUAUAACCUGCGUCCAACAGAAUAAGAACCAAUAUAUUUGUCGUGUUUUUAGUCCUAACCCAAUUUCCAUGUGAAUUUGAUUUUGAAUAGUUUGGUUUGUAUUUCUGCUAAGUUCUAAGAUGUCUCAUUUCAGCCACUCCCUUAAAAUACCCUGCUGUUGAAUGGAGUUUUCACUUCUGUACACUUGCCCCAUUCAGAUCCCAACUCUAGCACAGUACUCAAUGUAGUCAGAAACAACAGUUUUAGUCCAGCAGAUAGCCUGAAUUUAAAGUAAUUCAGUUUGGCUGCAGGGAAAACAUUGGAUUGUAGAUCUGUCAAUUAAACAAGACAGUUCUUGACAUGCAAAAUUCAGAGUGUUCUGCUUACUAUGUAUUUGUAUACAUUAUUGAUUGUGCUUCUUCAUACAAUUUUGAUAUAAAUGAAAAUGGAUAAAGAAAGCUAUGUUACUCAUUUUUUGUUAAAAAAUACAUGAACUGAUAACCUAACAAAACAUUUUAGCAUUGAAAAGUUGAUCUAGCACAUUUAAAUCAGACAUCUGAAAAGAACUGCAGAUGUGAAUACUAAAAAAUCAUAACUUAUAAAUAUGUUGGUUUAAAACUUGAGGUAUUACAUUACUUCACAUUUGUAAAUAUGUACUGUUUUGAACAGCUGCAAUGGAAACCUACAAAUAGAUUAUAAAAUCUGCAAUAUUUAU